GUCCAAUUCGCAAAUGCAAAAUAAAAAGGGCAGCGGGUAAUCUCCAAACAUUGAAACUCCGCUACUGGAAACUCUAAAUCUUUUCUCGAAUUCUUGAGAUGUUUUCUGAUAGGAUGAUCUGCGGUUCUCGAUCACACCUUUUCAACUCCAACAUCUAUUUCUCGUCGUUCAUACUUUUCUUGAUUCUUGCAUUGAGUUUCUUAGCAAAGGUCCCAUCUGCAGUAGCUCAGUUGGACCCUGCCGAAGUGGAAAUACUUGGACAAAUCGCAAAUACCUUGGGCAAACACUAUCGGGAAGACAAUAUCUACCCUUGCAGCCAAAUAUCAGGGUGGACACCUAACGCGACGUUAAAACUUGAGAAUAACGUCACCUGCGACUGCUCAUUCGCCAACAACACCACCUGUCAUGUAGUAAGCAUAGUUCUGAAAGCUCAGGAUCUUCAAGGUGUGCUUCCACCAGAACUCACCAAGCUUCCUCACCUCAAAGAAAUCGAUCUCUCACAUAACUUCCUCAGCGGAACAAUUCCUCCAGGAUGGGGUUCCAUGUCAUUGGAGAUCAUCGCUCUUCUUGGAAACCGCCUAUCAGGGCCAAUCCCAACGGGGCUUGGAAAAAGCGUCACUCUCAAGCAACUGGUACUUGAAGCCAACCACUUUAAGGGCACUCUUCCUGAAGAGAUUGGGAACAUAGUCACCCUAGAACGAUUUCUAAUUUCCUCAAAUGAGUUCACAGGACAGCUUCCGGGGACACUUGCUAAGCUCACGAACUUGACGGACUUUAGGAUAAGUGAUAACAAAUUCACUGGAAAGAUACCCAAUUUCAUCCAGAACUGGACAAAACUCACGAAAGUAGCAAUACAAGCCAGUGGUUUGGAAGGACCUGUUCCCUCUGAGAUUUUUCUUUUGGAAAAGAUGACUGACAUGAGGAUCAGUGACAUAAAUGGAACAGAAUGGCGUUUCCCCCCAGAGAGUAGGAUGAAAGAAAUGAAGACACUGAUAUUGAGGAAUUGCAAUCUUUCUGGACCAAUCCAUCCAUAUAUUGGCAACAUGACAUCUCUCAAAACCUUAGACCUUAGCUAUAACAAAUUAUCGGGACCGAUUCCACCCACCUUUGAUAACCUGGCAAAAACUCAAUUCAUGUAUUUGACUAGCAACUUGCUAACGGGCGAUGUGCCAGAUUGGAUGCUGAAGAAAGGAAAAAACAUUGAUCUUUCUUACAAUAAUUUCACAGUGGGAGGCCUUGCACCACGUGAAUGUCUACAAAGAAAUGUCAACUUAUUCGGGACCUCGUCAAUGCUGAACAAUUCGAGUGGAGUUGUUCCGUGCUUGAAGAACUUCGCUUGUCCCAAAAGAGGUCGAUUUUCACUGCAUAUAAACUGUGGAGGAACGCAAGCUACCAACGGGAGCAUCACAUAUGCAGCAGAUCAAGACAAUGGUGGCCCUUCGAAUUUUUUUACAAGUUAUAGUGACUACUGGGCAUUUAGCAGCACGGGGAACUUCUUGGACGACGAUGAUGACAGAGACAACUACAAAGCAUCAAAUAUAUCCGCACUUUCAUUUCCCAACUCAGCAUUGUACACGACGGCCCGGCUCUCUCCUCUUUCCCUCACUUAUUAUGGACUAUGUCUUAUAAACGAGAACUACACUGUGAACCUUCACUUUGCAGAAAUAAAGUUCACAGCUGGCAAUAAUUAUGGCAGCCUCGGAAAGCGCAUAUUUGAUGUUUAUAUUCAGGGGAAAUUGGUUUUGAAGGAUUUCAAUAUCGAAGAUGCAGCUGGUGGGCCUAAUAAACCCACUGUGAGGUCCUUUCCUGCAGUUGUGACAACCAACACCUUGGAGAUCCGUUUCUAUUGGGCUGGAAAAGGCACUACAUGCAUCCCAGAAAGAGGAAUCUAUGGUCCUCUCAUAUCAGCUAUUUCUGUUAAUCCUAAUUUUGUACCUCCUUCAGAAGGUGGCAAAAAGAUAUCUGCUGGUGCUGUGGCUGGCAUUAUAAUUUCUGCUUUGUUUCUUACUUUCUUGAUUCUUGGUAUUCUUUGGUGGAAAGGCUGCCUGAGACAAAAAGACACCAUGGACCAAGAACUUAGAGGUCUAGAUCUACAAACUGGUUCCUUUACCUUAAGACAAAUUAAAGCUGCCACUAACAACUUCGAUCCUGCAAACAAGAUUGGUGAAGGUGGUUUUGGACCUGUUUACAAGGGCCUACUAUCAGAUGGUACGAUAAUUGCAGUGAAGCAGCUUUCUUCUAAAUCAAAGCAAGGGAACCGUGAGUUUGUGAAUGAGAUAGGCAUGAUUUCUGCUUUGCAACACCCACAUCUUGUAAAGCUCUAUGGAUGCUGUAUCGAAGGAAAUCAGUUAUUGCUCAUAUACGAGUAUAUGGAAAAUAACAGUCUUGCCCGUGCUCUGUUUGGCCCGGAAGAAUGUCAACUGAAUUUGGAUUGGCCAACAAGGCAUAAGAUAUGUGUUGGGAUCGCUAGAGGUUUGGCAUAUCUCCAUGAAGAAUCAAGAUUGAAAAUUGUUCACAGAGACAUCAAAGGUACCAAUGUACUGUUGGAUAAGGAUCUCAAUCCGAAGAUAUCUGACUUUGGUUUGGCGAAGCUUGAUGAAGAGGAGAACACUCACAUCAGUACUCGAAUAGCUGGAACCUUAGGUUACAUGGCCCCAGAAUAUGCAAUGCGGGGUUACCUGACCGACAAAGCAGACGUUUACAGCUUUGGAGUUGUCGCUUUGGAAAUCGUCAGUGGGAAGAGCAACAUCAGUUACAAGGCAAAGGAGGAAUGUGUUUAUCUUCUCGAUUGGGCAUAUGUUCUGCAAGAGAGAGGAAAGCUGAUGGAGCUAGUUGAUCCAAAGUUGGGAACGGAUUUCAACAUGGAAGAGGCAAUGACGAUGCUUAAUGUGGCAAUCUUAUGCACUAAUUCAUCUGCUGUAUGCAGGCCCACUAUGUCAGCUGUUGUUAGCAUGCUUGAGGGUCGAACCAUUGCUCAGGACCUGAUCUCGGACCCAAAUGUCUCCGAAGAUGACAUGAUGUUCAAGGCCAUAAGGAGCAAACAACAGCAUGAGAUCCAUAGCCAGAGUGACAGCCAGAGCCAGAGCUUGUUGAUGGAUGGGCCAUGGACUGGCUCUGCUACAUCCGCCCCGGAUCUCUAUCCGAUCAAUCUGGAUUCGCAAUAUUGGAAGGAUAGAGAAUAGAAAAGGGUAUGUUGUUUUUGGUUCCCGUUUAUCUUAUAGUCAAUAAUUUUCUAAUUUCCUUGAAACAUAGUAAAGAACAUGGGUCCACCAACUUGCAUAAACAUUGUUAUAUAGUAAAAGUGUGUGUGUAUAUAUAUAUAUAGCAUGUAAAAAGUCCUUGAUUUGAAUGAAGAGAAUGAGGAAAUGCUUCCUAGUUUUUCCUAGUUUGAAAUUUGUUAGAGUUCCAUUGCAUGGUUUUUGCUACUCUUCUUGAGCCUUGUAUUGUUACUUUGCAUAUGUCUGAGACCUCAUGUCCAAAUGGUAUAUUUUGACACAAGACAAUUAACCA